AUGAAACCCUCCACCCUCCUCCUCCCCCUCCUAACCACCCUGGUACCCACUCCCGUAAACGCGCAAUGGGAACAAAUCCAAGAAGCACUGGGUCUAGGCGGUGGUUCCAAAACACCGCGAGAACCGGUGGUACCGGUACCGAAUGUGGUACUACCCAUCGACAAGGGGAAUUUUAGAGAAUUAUUGGGAGGCAAUGAUUUGGAAUGGUUGGUAUUGUUUACUACGGGAACGGAGAAUUGUCCUGGGUGUAUACUUUAUGAGAAUGAAGUCGUCGCUUUACUCCACGAUAACAAUAAAAUACACUUUGGCAAAGUAGACUGCGACACCGAUGCCGUGGUCUGCUCCGUCUUCAGCGCCUGGGGUUCCCGCAUCUUCCACGUCUCCCACUCAACUCCCCCCUCCGCAUCCCUCCCAGGUCUAGCCGACCACCUAACCCACCUACACCCAGUCCCCUUCCACCGUCCCGGUACAGAAUCCCAACCGAUACCCACAGAUUCGGAGGGUAACCCGAUCAAGGAUGCGAGACCGCCUCCACCGCCUCCCGAUGCAAAAUGGAUUGCUGAGGUGGUGAACGAGGAGAAGUGGAGGGGAUUCGAGGAGUGGACCGGGUGGACGCAUCCGUUGGAUGGAGUUUUUCAGGUUCCGAUUUAUCAGUUUUGGUGGGUUCUUAGUAUAUUUGCGAAGGUGCCGCCGAUGGCUAUGAUGGUUGGGAUUGGAUUGCUUUCGAGGUUUGUUACAGCACGAUUCACGGGAAGGACGUUGGCGAAGAGGGAACAGCAACGUGCGGCGGUUCAAGAGGCGGUUCAACAGGCGGCGAGGAAGAAGAAUUAA